GGAUGAUUUGUGUGUGACAUCAGCACUCUAGACACCAACUACCAUAGGAAUCUGUGAAAGAACUGAUCACUCUAACUAAUAGAAAGAGAGUGUGGCUCAGUGCAGUACAGGGUAGUGGAGGAUGAAGAAGGUGGGUCGUCAGCUGAGUCAGUCGACCAAGAGGGCCAUGGGGAUAGGGGAGGACGAGGAGGAGUUCGAAGACCUCAGGGACCACUGGCUCCAAAAACAACUCACUGUCUACUCCAGGUACAAGUCGUUUCUAUUUGGGGAAAUGAAGCCUGAGGGGGAGAGGGAGAGAGAGGGGGACCAGGUGCAGUAUGGCUUCGAAUUCGAGUUCCUCGCCACUGCCAUUCCCGGACUGGUUACGAGUAGUGAACACACUCUCGAACUGCAAACUGAGAACUCACUCACGCUACAAGGCAUGGGCAGUGACAAUGUGUUCUCACCGGAUGGUUCAAUUAGACGAAUGAGUUCAGUGGGCCGAUCUCCCUCAGCGGCAGCGAAUAACUACGUGCGCACAACUGCAGCUGCAGCCACCACUCCGGCAGGCAUAGAUCCCAAUGCAUCUCUCAACACCACAAUUGGGGGCGGGGGCACUCUGAGUGGGCGUGGUCGUCUGGCGAGCAAUGCGUCUAAUCUGUCGAGCAGUGUGCGCAUCCAGCGACUGCCCAGUGUGAGUGAGAUUGGGUGGGACCUCAUGGACAGACUCAUCCUCAACAGGUCAAACAGCAGAUCAGCCACAAACAACAACAACAACAACAACCAUGCCUUCACACAAAGUGGCUCUUCUGGUGUGGCUGCCGGAAUAGUGGAGAAGUAUGCGUUGAGUGAGGACACUCUGGACUGGAACUGUCGGGAGAACAAUCUGGUCAUAGCCGGAACAACUGCCGCACACACACAAGGCGGUGCAGCCCUGUUGAACUCAUCCGCUGCUGGCAGGUUCACAACCAGGCAGAGCUCCUUCUCCCCCUCUUCCAGCAUAAACAGAAGUGGAGGGGGAAUCAGUCAUGUGACCGGAUCAGCAGCUGGCACUAUGUUGAACGACUCACAGAACUUCGGUCGAUCUAGACCCCUGUUUUUGCCCACUCUCAACUCGGAGAAGGAAGCCCUCAAAGAAGACUCUUCGUCAUCAUCAGCAUCUUCUUCUGACGAGCAGGAAAUCGACCAAAAACAAGAACAAUUGAUUGCUGAAAUGGAAGAAAUCGAUGAUGCAAUUGAUCAGAGUUAUGAAGCAAAUGACGAAGAUUGCGCUACGCCUCAGAAUGAUCAGACUAACAGUUUACAUGUGGAGAAAAGUGUUCAGUCUCGUUUCAGACCGCAUUCCUUAAAUGUGAUUGGUGCUCUUGUGAAUAAUUGUGAACAAAGGAGAGAAAGAAAUAAGUUCACAUUUGGAAAUGUUGAUUCUUCCCACAAAGUAGUGAAGAAGGGGGAGGAAGAGGGGAAAGAGGAAGUGAGGGAGAAGUUGUCGGCGGCUGGGUCCAACAUCCCCACCAGUCGAGUUCACUUCCUCAAGCGUCACUUACCUGCAGCCGGUCCCCGAUUCCACAGACGCAACAAAGGCUGCAAACAGGCGUCAGACCACAAAUCACCCUCGAGAAAAGCCAGUAAGGCACAAUCAGGAGGGGUGAGAAGCAGCAGUUCUAGAAUGGGAGCAGGAGCAGGGGGAGGGGGUCGCAAUGGGUUGUGGACUGGAUUAGAUAGCAGUGGGGGGCUGGGUGCGUCGUCUGGCGUAGUCGGAGGGGGAGGGGGAGGCAAUCAGCCCCCUAUUGUUAUCAUGAACCCCAAGAUGAGAAGGCUCGAUUCACAUGUCAGAGACCAGAUCACUGGCAUCCAUCAUCACAGACCCUACUUCACCCUGUGGAUCUGCACUGUGCAUGUCAUCCUGCUGGUGACGUCACUCAUCCAGCACGGAGUGGGUCCAUUUGGACUGGGCAUGAGCAGCAGCAGUGCACUGGUGGCCAGGAGGACUGUGGACGCUCAACAGGUGGCACUUCUGGAGCCACACAAUGUAUGGAUCGGACCCAGACCAAUGGAGUUGAUCAAACUGGGGGCAAAGUACACUCCGUGCAUGACGGAACUGGCGGAGGUGCGGCUGAGUCUGGAGUUGGACAGAGAGAAGGAGAAGAGGACUGGCUGUUGUGUGUUCAUGACAGCCACAGCAUCCACCAGACAACACUCCUCCUCCUCCUCUGCUAGCACCUUCUGCUUCCAGUCAUCUGAAGAAGAGUGUGUGAACAGAAUAGCCACUCUGGACUUCUUCAAGUACUCCAACCAGUCCACGGCACAAGGGGGAGGGGAUGGGGGUGAGUUUAGGGGUCCAGUGUGUGGUCUGGAUCCCAGGUACUGUGAACUGCCUUCCCCUGUCAGUCACCCCUGGCCACCCAACAUCACAGACUGGCCUAUCUGUCGGCGGAGUAGUGGAGGCAGCAGUGACUACCAUAUGACGUGCCACAUCACCGCCAGACCCUGCUGCUUCGGACCCCUGGGCCAGUGCAUCAUGGCAUCCAGAGACUACUGUGGCUUCGUCAGGGGCAUCUUCCACCCGGAGGCAUUCCUCUGCUCACAGGUGUCCUGUCUGUCUGAGGUGUGUGGUCUGUUCCCAUUCGAAGGGGGCACAUCCUCCCCCUCUCCUUCCCCCUCGCCCAACCAGAUCUACCGACUGUUCACCUCUCUGCUGGUGCAUGCGGGGGUGGCGCAUCUCCUCAUCUCCCUGCCCCUGCAUUGGACAUUUGUGCGCUUCAUGGAGAUACUGGCAGGUCCCUUCAGAACAGCCGCCAUCUACUUCCUCAGUGGCAUCACUGGCAAUCUCGUCUCCUCCAUUCUACUCCCAUACCAGGCACAGGUGGGUCCCUACCCCUGUCUGUUUGGCAUUCUGGGCAGCUACUGUGUGGAAGUGUACCAGAUGCACCCCUACCUGCUGCGCCCCCUGCGUGCCUGGAUGACCCUGCUCUUCAUCUGUCUCUUCCUAUUCCUCCUCGGACUCCUCCCCUGGCUAGACAACUUCAUGAACUUCUCCGCCCUCACAGCCGGAAUUGCACUCAGUCUGGUGUUGUUGCCCUACAUCCACGUGAAGAGGAGAGACAGGAGGGUGAAGUUGUGUGUCUCCUCCAUUGCACUCACUCUCUACACUGCCCUCAAUGCACUCCUCCUCCUCCUACUCCUAAAUGGGCAGCUGGAUGAGUGGGCGGGCCAGUGGGUGCCACACUGGAUACACACCCUCACCUGUGUCCCAUUCACAGCCGACUUCUGCUCACACCUCAACACACAUUUGAAGACCGGGUAGCGAAAGAGAAAAAGAGAAAAGAGAAGAGAAAAGAAGGAGUGGCAUAGAGGGCUAUUGUCUUAAACAUCUCAUACUGGCUAACAGCAGUUCAAUUCUGGCUCCUAACUGUUGCAUGUCAGCAAUCAACGACUCAAACUCACCUCGUCCCGAUAAUGAUUCGCGCAGUGAUUUAUUCACAUAAGUGAAGUCGACAAUCAUCAAUUGUUUUUAUUCAAAACACUUUUGAGCGAGCUCUUACAAACAACUAUGUCGACUUGAACGUGAUUUAAAACAAACAAUCUGCUCGAAAAGUGUUGACAAAACUAAUCUAAUUGUUCAACUGAUACGCAAUUGGUAUUUCUGUAGAUGUAAGUCAACAGUAAAAAGUGCAAUCAUGAUCCUUAUCAAAACAAUUGCCUUAUAAAUUCUUUGUUUUGCUUGUUUUGAGUGCUUUCAUUUAAUUCAUAUUUAUCUGAAUCGAAAAACAUUUUUGUCUGCUUUGUCGAAUAUGUUUUCUAUUUUCAUUUUAGCUCUUCUUAACCAUGCGCCAAAUACAACUUGAAAUUUA